UUUGCCAGGUACACAUCUGUCUGGCAGCGUCGAUAACAUCGUCCAAAUGACUAAAUAAGAGUGUCUUUGUUUACAAGGUCCCCGGCGUCCCCGGUUCGCGCUGCCUCAGUGGGGUUGUUGAGAGUUUUCAUUCUAGCUGCACUGUGUAGCUAACGUUAAUGUUGGAGUUAGUGACAGGGCUCAUAGGCUUACACGAACAGAUCGAUUAUGUGACAGAGUCUCUUGUUUAGCCGUGGUUUCACGUAACUACUGUGGAGUGCAUGUUAUUCCCGCCGCCUCGCUGCAUGGAACAGGAUAAUACAAUAACAACAGACGUUUUUUCCUCUGCUUGUCUGAUUGAGGAGGGGGCACGACAGGUCAAGGGGAAAGAGAAUGGACGGACAUGUACCUCGAGAUGCUGGAGACACACUGACUUUAACAUAGACGCUUCAGCAGGGAGCCGAGGCCGGAGCUUUUCCAAAUGAAAGCUUUGUUUGUAGAAUGAACAUGAAAAUAACAGAUUAAAUGAAAUGUUUACUUUAUUUGGUUGACAGUGAACGCACACAAUGCGGUUGAAUCGUUUGCCAUCUGCACUGGGCAUUUCCACUGGAGGGAAAAAUAGAUUUAUGACUUGUCAGGGCAUUUUGGGUGGUGUAAAAAUGACAACUUACAAUGUACCGUGAAAUCAGCUCAUACCCCCACCCCAUGUCUCUGGAGAAUAUAAAUGAAAUCCAAUCUCCCUGUCUUCCUCCUCUCUCUCACUCUCUCUUUGGCACUGACUGUGUCAGCUGCUGUAUCUGUGGGUGCUGACUUGCGGAGGGACAGGUGGCCCUUGGACAGGUGCACCCUGAACAAAGGGUUGCAGUUUUGUUUUGUUUUUUUAACUUCUGCUGUUGUACCACACAUCAGCGUAUACUCUCUGCUGCCCUGUGUCUACAGUCUGUGCAAGCUGCUUUAGUAAUUCUCAGUCUGCACAAUCUGCGCUUGCUUUUCUGUGACGGACUGGAGUGAUUUAAGCAAGCUGUUUGUGCCUAGUUUUCUGUAUGACCCAGGCAUUCUUGACAGCUCCAGCUAUGCGCUCUGGUGCUCAGCUGUGGCUGGGACUUGAGUUUACAUCAGCAGCUCUGUUACAUAUUUAAGGCUCUACUGUCCUCUACUGUGGAAUUUAAAGAGAAAUCAAGUUUACCAGACAAACCGGUUUCAGUCUCGGUAUACUUAACAGCAGUAACAGGAGUCAUGCUUGGAGCUGUAUAUGAAUAACACACCCUUGCAGCUACCGUGAGUUCCAGACAAAUGACUCGGCACACAGACAGUCUGCCUGAGCCUCGUUGGUAGUUCGUGGCUAAUGAUUAAUCCACUGCUUUCAGUGCAACGGUGAAUUCAUAGAAAAUAUGCGGUGCGUUUAUUUUCAUGGCAUGGCCAGACCUGGGCUCUGUGCACUUCACUGCACUGCUCUGCUCGUGAGCACUGUGAGUUCAGAGAAAAGGAGUAUGCGAGAUCAGAAAAGAGGUCAGCAAAGUGAUGUGAAGUGGAAGAUAGAGGAGAGGGAAAGUUUGAAGGCUUAUCUCGGUAAUGUGCAGAGACAGCUGAGCAAUGAUGAGUGUUGCAGUCACCAUCGUCUUCUACUUUUCACCCCUCACUACCUCCUCUAGCAUUGCCCAUUAAACGCUGAGGUAGCCCUCUAUCUUAGGAAACUGAAAGAAAAACCUUUAGACUAUGAGACAGUUGUGCUGAGUGUGACACGUGAUGUGCAAACUGUUUUCUUGCCGAGUGUUUUCCCCUGGAUGAACAUGCCUCACCUAGGCUGGAUGUGACACCCAUCACUGGCCCUCACUCUGGGAGCCUGUUCCCGUUAUUGAGUGAGAUAUGUGCGGCUCCAACUCUAUUGAGGUUUAUUUAAAUCUCUUGAACACAGCCCUCCAGUUUUUUCCUCUGCUCGCCUGGCCAGUGCGCCUGCGCUCUGCUGACACUCCAGUAAUCCGCUGUUAGGAGAAGAUUGCAUCCUCGUUCACUGCGCUCGUGCUACUAGUGAGGGAAAAAUCUCUGACGGGAGAACAAGAACACACAGCGGGACCAUAACAUAAUCAAAUGCUGCCAUUAAAUGCUGGGAUUCUGGGAUGGAGCAGUUUGACACUAUGAGCAGGCGACAGCCGGACUGGAGCGCCGAUGUCUCCCAACAUAAGACAACGAGGCUCAGCAUCUACAGCCCAAAACGCUGGGGAUAUGAGACGAACGCAGGCUGGAAAGGACCCGGCGGAAGAUGGUGAAAUUUGCGAUUGAGUGCUCCUUCCUGGACGAGACCCCCUCGGCUAUUUGAACGUUUCGUAAGCCCGUGUGUCGCCUCUCCUGCACGAUACUCUCCCUGGCCUCUGUACCGCUGUGUGGAAACGGACACAGGCCACCUUUUUCUACAAGUAAUGCCUUGCGGUGCUGUCAGUGGGCUGCACUGACAGCCCAUAUGCGCCGGUGUUGUCAGUCGUCAGUGAUUAAUGCAACGUUCACUGGAUCUGGAAACCGAAACUAAACCCACGUGAUUUCUGCGUUGUUUGCCUCCGGGUGUUACCGCUACUUGUCCGAAUGCAUGCAAAUGUGGUUUCCUCCUCCUUGAAAGCUUCCCUGGAUUCCCUGCAGUGAUACUUGUUUCCUUCAGCUGCUUCACCGGUCGAGACUUGCCAUGACAGGUCGGCAAGUCCCAACUCAAGUUGAUGAACUGGACUGACCGGCCCCGGCGGUGGGAUCAGACAGAAAUUAAGCUGUCUCUCUCUCUCUCUCAGACAGCGGAAACCGGGAUCAUCUCCCGUCCUUGGCGUUGGCAGAGCACCGCCGCCUGAAACGAAACAUUUCCUCUCGGGUAUAUUCUCGGAUAUUACCCAGCACUUGAAGCUGGAGUUGUGGACAUCUUUUUUACAUGCCGGGGCGAACUGUUGAAGUUUAAAGACCAGUUCGGACUAAAACUCCGCACACUUCCCUGUAUCCGGGUUUCCUUCACAUUAAAUUCUGAAGGUCACGUGAGUCAGUUUUGUCAUGUUGAAAUCCAAAGAUUCUGCAAAUCCCAGAAGCUGGUUUAAUCUGUGAGAAAGCCCUCCCCAUGCGUUUAAAACAUGACGGUUUGUCCACUGGGAGAGAUGCAGCUGGGCUGUUUUACUAGUCAACUUCCACAGCAGCUGUUAGUCAGACUGGAUGUCUGAAAGAUGAGACUUGGAUAUUAGCAUACUUGUAGUUUUGCCAACAUCUUUCCCAGGCAAUGCAAUGCACUGAUUUCCUGCGGUGCCCACGUUGUAAAUAACUGAAUAUAUUUUCUACAACUUAUUCCAGCAAGACCCAUCGAUCAGUAUCAGCUGUCUUCAUGGACCAUGAUGUUAUCAACGUUUAGUGGAUGGUUUUUGUAUAUUUUUCACCCCACUUCUUGAAUUUCCUGUUUGGCUGCAGAGAUGCUGAAAGACAGUGGAUUUCUUUACUUUCAUACGCACCUUUUCCCGGAUUUGCUUUUGCGAGCAUGUGCAGAGUAAAGAGAAACCAGGCAGUGAGGCUGCACAGACUGAGGAGAUGUGUCACAAGGAACACAGGAGGAAUUAUGAGUGGCACUGUGGAAGACAUGGUGCAGAGUGUUACGAGCUUAACGUCUACAAGGGGGAGAAUUAUGAGCCUUUGCUGCAAGAAAAUUGUAUUUUCUCCUCUCUGAGACCAACUGCUGAACUGGAAUCAGUGCUCCAUGCAUCAAAUUACUAUAUGAAUUGAGAGCUUAUUGCCCCGUGCUGUGAGAUAUCCGCCCUGAUCAGUAUACUUUGCCACCUGCAAGUUAAUGCUCAUUUUGAGUACCCUUAUGUUCAUUUCCCCUUUGCUGUGUUGUUUAUCUGCUUUUACUCUGACACCGUCAGAGUUUUUUGCAGGAUAAAGUUCUUCCUAUUUGAUGCAGAAAGUUUACAGCACAUACAGACACACAAUAAGGGUUGCUGUUGUGAUUCAAACAGUCCCCUUUGUCCUUUCCCAAUCAGUGUGUCCCACUGUGUCUCACUGAAAACAAUUGUGGAUCCCUUGUCAUCCUUUGGGCCCAGACCAAACAGACACCCCCAUCGGAGCGCAUUCAGAGACUAAUUUCCUAUUGCUGUGGUGAUGGGGAGCUCAGCCUCGUCUCUCACUGCGGAGACCGAGUCAGACCAUGGCUUCCGCAGCACCCCGUACCCGUCAUCUCCACCUGUGGGCUGGCUCAGGAACAGCCACAGCACCCCGGUGUGGGGCACGACCUUUAUCCCACGUCAGCAGCAGCACCCGCUGCCUCAUCGAGAGCGCAGCCACUCUCACUCUCCUGGCUCCAUGGCAGCAGCAGUCCGAGGCAGUGAAUGGUCAUGUGGACGCUGCACCUUCUUAAAUGCCGGCGCAGCACCUCGCUGUUCUAUCUGUGAGGCACCACGCCAGAAACCUGACCUUAACCAGAUCCUACGACUGAGCAGCACGGAGGAGCAUCGCUGGGCCUGUCCUCGCUGUACACUCAACAAUCCCCAGGGAUCCGGAGCCUGCUCUGUCUGUGGCUUCGGACCAUCCCCUGCCACUCACACACCCCCUACAACCACUGUUGCUGCCACUGCCAACGGCCUCCCGCCAGCUCCAGCUGAACCCCUGACACCUACUGUCACCCCCACAAUUCUGCUUGAGCCCCACGGACAGCACCCAGCUAAGGAGGAAGUGCUGCGACGGUCUGAAAGCAAUGGUGAGGUGGUCAGCCUGGAAGGGCAGCACUCGGGGUGGGCUUGCCCUCGCUGCACACUUCACAACACACCCGUUGCACUGUCAUGCUCAGCCUGUGGUGGGCCCAGGAAACUGUCCUUGCCUAAAAUCCCCCCUGAGGCACUGGUGGUGCCUGAGGUGCGCACACCUGUGCUAGGGUUUCCUGUUCACACAGCAGGGGUGGCGCCACUACUUAUAGACCUAACAGAUGACUCUCCCCCAGCCCCUCCCUGUGACCCUCAAGAGCCUCCCCAUGUUUCCUCACAGUCCCUUUCCUCCUCUUUUACUUCUUUCUCCUCCUCCCUCCAAAAUAACCCUGUGCCUCGAAGCAGAAGAGAGGUGCCCCCUCCAGGGCGCCCACCAAACCCAGGCACCAACACCCCCAGCCCCACGUCCCCUUCAGCGACCAGUGUACCACCACAACCAGGCCCACAACGGCCCGCCAAGCCCAAACAUGCCCAACCUCAAGAACCUUCAUACCCCAGCAAGCGCCUCAGUAUCUUGGAGGAAGAAGAUACUCAUCACCAUCCACUGACCCCCCAUCUCCCUGUGGCAUCCUCAGCUGCCCCCACUUGGAAAUGCCCUAGCUGUUCUUUGCCCAACCCAGGAAGCUCAUCGAAGUGCGAAGCCUGCAGAUCGUCACGUGCUGGUGCAGACCUCAUUGAUUUGGUAGGCAGUGAGACGGUACGAUUUACCCCAGCUAGCCCCUCCAGCCCGGAUUUCAGCACCUGGGCCUGCUCCAAGUGCACGCUGCGCAACCCUACAGGUGCACCCAAGUGCUCAGCCUGUGGUUCCUCCAAGCUGCAUGGCUUUCAGGAGCAGCAGGUGCCACUGCCCCGCUGCUGUACACAAUGUGGUGUUACGCUGGGGCCUGGCACUGCAUCCUGCUCCUGUACACCUUCCUCUUCUUCAUCCUCCUCGGGUCAUAAAACAAGAAAACAGGCCCGGGGCUUCCCUUCGUCCUCCUCCUCUGCUAUUGCUUCUGGCUCCUCUUCCUCCUCCACCUCAUCUAGCCUUCAGGAGAAGGUAGGACCAUGGAGCUGCCCAGCAUGUACGCUGCUCAAUGAUACCAAGGCCAAGAACUGUGCAGCAUGCCACACGCCGCAACAGUACCUCACCCUUCGCAAGGUGGUUAAGCCUCUGAAGAGGAGGGAGAGCAUGCAUGUAGAGGCACGUCGACGGAAUGAUGAAGGCGAGGCCAAGGAGCUUUGGGAGAACAUAGUCAGCUUCUGCAGAGAGAACACCGUGAACUUCGUGGAUGACAGUUUCCCUCCGGGACCUCGUUCCGUGGGCUUCCCUGAGGGCGACAGCGUCCAGCAGCGAAUCAAAAAGUGGCUUCGUCCCCACGAGAUCAAUUGCAGCAACUUCAAAGACCGAGGCGUCAAGUGGUCUGUUUUCCGCACGCCACGGCCCUCUGACAUCCUGCAAGGCCUGCUCGGGAACUGCUGGUUUUUGAGUGCACUGGCCGUGCUGGCGGAGCGUCCAGAGCUGGUGGAGAGGGUAAUGAUCACCAGGACCAUCUGCCCAGAGGGGGCCUACCAGGUUCGGUUAUGUAAAGACGGGACGUGGACAACUGUACUGGUGGACGACAUGCUGCCCUGCGACGACUAUGGCUACCUCCUCUUCUCCCAGGCCCAGAGGAAGCAGCUUUGGGUGGCGCUGAUUGAAAAGGCCCUGGCCAAACUCCAUGGCUCCUACUUUGCCCUGCAGGCAGGGCGUGCCAUUGAAGGCCUGGCCACACUGACGGGAGCUCCUUGUGACUCCCUGAUGCUCCAGGUCAGCUCAACUAACCCUCGGGAGGAACCCAUCGAUACAGACCUCAUCUGGGCCAAGAUGCUCAGCUCCAAGGAGGCCGGGUUUCUAAUGGGUGCAUCUUGUGGAGGAGGCAACAUGAAAGUAGACGACGUUGUCUAUGAGUCUCUGGGUCUGCGGCCCCGACAUGCCUAUUCCGUCCUGGAUGUGCGGGAUGUCCAGGGUUACAGGCUGUUGAGGCUACGUAACCCGUGGGGUCGAUUCUCGUGGAACGGCAGCUGGUCGGACGAGUGGACGGACUGGCCGCAGCACCUGCGUCACGAGCUGAUGGCUCACGGUAGCAGUGAGGGAGUCUUCUGGAUGGAGUACACUGACUUCAUAAAGUACUUUGACUCAGUGGACAUCUGUAAGAUCCACUCAGACUGGCAGGAGGUGAGGCUACAGGGCUGCUUCCCCAGCAAGGCGAGCGGACCGGUCACCGUCACAGCCCUCACCGUGCUGGAGAGGACAGCGUUGGAGUUUGCUCUCUUCCAGGAGGGAAGCAGGCGUUCGGACACAGCCGACAGCCACCUACUGGACCUGUGCAUUAUGGUUUUUCGUGCCUCCUUCGGCAGCGGCAACAAGCUGACUCUGGGCCGCUUGUUGGCCCACAGCAAGCGAGCGGUGAAAAAGUUUGUUGGCUGCGAUGUGAUGCUGGAGCCGGGGGAGUACGCUGUCGUCUGCUGCGCCUUCAACCACUGGCAGAUGAAUGUCAGCGGCACGGGAGGUCCACCCACGCCCAUCUCCAGCCCCACCAGUGGCACAGCACGACGACCCAGCCAGGAUUUCCCCGGCUACAUCCUCGCUAUCUACAGCUCCAGGCAGGUGAUGGUGGAGCAGGUGGAGGCGAUGGCCACCACACUGGCCGACGCCAUCAUCCUCCUCACGGAAAACAAAGGCGAAAGACACGAGGGCCGCGAGGGCAUGACGUGCUACUACCUGACCCACGGCUGGGCGGGGCUCAUUGUGGUGGUGGAGAACCGCCACCCCAAAUACUACCUCCACGUCUCCUGUGACUGCACUGACAGCUUCAAUGUGGUGUCGACGCGCGGCAGCCUCAAGACCAUCGACAGCGUACCGCCUUUGCACAGGCAGGUGCUGGUGGUGCUUUCACAGCUGGAAGGAAACGCCGGCUUCUCCAUCACCCACCGACUGGCUCACCGAAAGGCAGCCCAGGCCUCCCUUGGGGACUGGACCCCCACCAAGGCUACCCACAGCCCCCAGCUCACUCCAGACAUUGACGGCCUGCACCGGCCCAGGCCGCUAUGACCACCGCCCACUAACUCAAACACACACCGACUAUAAUCUGCUGUCAGAACACUGUAAAACUAGGCAAGGGAUGGUGAUUGGUGUGUGCAGCCCUGAAAAACGAUGCGGGCAGUAUUUAUGUGCUGUCCUCCUAAUGCUCCAUAAAAGUCUUCAUCUGGCUGGCGCUCGCUCCCUUGCCAAGUGGAUGUGCCAUGUCAGGAUGAAAUGAGGGAAGAGGUCCAUAUGGAGUCACUGGGACUUACUCACAAAACAGUUUCUCACCAAGGCAGGAUCCAGUUCAAACUACUUAAAAAUAGUGGAUGUACAAGCGCUGUACGUGGAACAGAUGUCACUCCUGAGCUCUGUGUGCUCGAGGACGACCCUGCUUUCAGCGAGCUCCACGGGAGUUGGGAUGGAGUGCCGUAACUACUGAGCCAUUUGUUGGCCCACAGCCUAUGAGCCAAUCGCCUGCAGAAACGUUACCCCUGUGUCGUCCAUGAGGACAGCUAACAAAGAAGACUUUUCUGGUUGUGUGUUUGAGGGGGGGGUAUCUCACCCAACCCUCUGUACGGUACUUAAUGAGCCAAAUCCAUCUUCUAGUUUUACUCUGAGUCAUGUUUGGUAAUAUACUCAUCAGUCUCACUCAUUUUAUACAUGACCCUUAUUGUCGUCUUGUCCACAUUUGUGUUUUUUUGAGUUCGUAGGAAAAGCCAUCAUUCGUACAGGGUACUGUUUGUCCCCACUCUCCAUCGUCACCGCAGUGCUGUCCAACGCGCUCUCUUGCUCAGGACCAAACCCACGAUUUACAGUACAGUAAACUGAAGUCAAGCAAAACCUCAAGCUGAUGUGUGUGGCAGGUGUAUGGCAUCCAGACAGGUAUAAUAGCAUCUUUCUGUAUCCUUGUUAUUCGUCCCUGGACACACUCAACUAGCCGAGCUGUGAUGUAGAGAGUGUGUUAUAAUGUGAGGUUUUAUCAUGUGAAAUACUGACACAUAAUAGAAUUCCCACCCUCGUACUUCAAUAGACUAACAUACAAUUUUCACUUUUUCCCACUGAGAUGCAACCGCCGUACCUGCUUUUUUCCCCCCUCUCUGUUACUUUAAUUCAUUUUUUACUGAGCCUCAGUUUGGGGUCUAACCGCUGGAGGCGAGUCAGUACAUGACCGACUUUGUAGAUUUUCCCUCAGGCAUGCUGGCUUUUCUCAUCCAAUUCAGCAGACAGUUUAUAUCUUUAAGAAUAAAUUCACACUUUGGGAGCAGCUUCCCACUCUGGACGAUAUAUGGAGUGAAUUAAAGCAGCAUCUUGCACUCAUGAAUUGCUACACUUUCUUUUUGGUACUGAAGGUCGGUGAGUAUUUGUCCGUUUCACACACAUCAACGGUUUGCGAGUGGUGAUUUACACUUUAGUGUUCUUAGGGAGUUCUAGACGGGCUAGUGGCUGUUUGAACAGUCAGGUUUGCCAUAAGGGAGCUCUUAAGAGGAGCUGCCGAGUUUACUUUGGGAGGUCAGGGACCAUUUUUUGUUUGCUUGGGUGCUGCGCGAGCAUCUGGGCCAUCUUCCCAAAAGAACACACCGACAGCACAUUAGCGACAGCACAGUGUCCUCGUGUAAUAACAAAUUACCAUUUUGUCAGACUGCGUGCGCACAUAACAAGAGAGAGAAGGGGACCCCUGAGACAUGUUGUGACAGAAAAUAGUUUAGUUCCCUCACAGUUUGGGCUGCAUUUAUUCAAAGGAUGAUUAUCUUGCAGCGGUUUAACAUGGGUGGUCUUUUAGGACUGUAAAGCCAUUACUCCUGUUUCACUAAUAGCGAUAUUAUAUAUAUAUAUUUCAGUCCUCACCAGGCAAUAUGGAUGUUUUAUCAGAGAGAGGAAAGACUAAAGCGGUACUAUAGUAACGAGGGGAAUGGGACCAGGUUAUUUUUAAUUCAAAGUUGAUGUCUUACUGUUAUGUUGUGAAAUGGGGGAAAAACUUGAAAGGCAAAAUUUUUUAUGGCAAAGUCUAAACAUUUAGGUUCUGACAUGAGAUGAUUCAGUUCAGGACUUAAGCUCAGCAACUUUGAGUCAAUCAAGUGCUGAAACCUGCAUCAUCUCAGGAGCGUCGUCCCUCUGUUGGCGGUAAACGGCAGCACUGUGUCCCCAGUGCCUGCAGUCGUACUCACCCUGCACAACUACGUCUACCGGCUCUGGUAGGCUGUACUUCACGGCAUCUUCUGGAUGGUUUGUAAGAAAACUACUGCAGCAGUGUGAUGUUGAUGAAACCUGAAGCUGAAGUAACUGUAAAUAUGUUUUCCAAAGAAACCUUAUGACCACUUUCAGAUGUCUAUCUGCCCUGUGUGAGUGUGUGAGCGCUGGCAGCCGAGUGGCUGUGAAGUCAGUGUCUAAUUUAUUUGUGUAAGUGAUAUGUAGGCUUGUUGUCAAAUGAAUAUAGUUGAAUACUGAACUGGUGACAGAUAAAGGAAUGUGAUAAUUUACGGCUUUAGUUUGAGCCCAGAGGGAUUAGCUUGACGAGAAUUUAAACCUGCACUGAAACACCUGCAAUGACAAGACACCUCAAAAUUCAGUGUCACCGCUGGAUCACUUUACAUUUACAUGAGAUUGAUGUUCGUUUUAUACUCUUUUUGUCAUAAUUGUCAUUUUGGCUCUUUGCUGGUGUCCUAUGAACCUGCUCCUUUUCUGUGAAGUUGUGGUUGUGACUCUUCUGUGUGUCCUGGGCGCCCCCUGCUGUUGAAGAGGCUGCAGCCAGAGAAAUGCUGGUUUGUCACAGACCAGCCAACACGCCUUUUCUCUUUUCUCCUUUGUCUGGUUUCCCUCCUUGUAAAUUGUACAGACUGCAAACAUAAGCAACAGACAAAAAAUGGAAUUAAAAUUAAAAUAACUGAUCCUUUUAAACUUGUAAAAACAACAACAAAAAUAGAAAGUAUGAUAGUAGAAACAAAAAAAUGAAACCUAAUGCUGAAAAAAAUGAUGAAUGUGAUAUAUAUUUUAUUGAUCUUUUCUGGGGAGGGGGAUAUGAGUAUAUGUGUACAAACAUGUAUGUUUAAUUUUCAAUCUCAGGUUCCAAUGGACCAAAUAAAUUUUUUUAAACUAAAA